CACACAAGAAAAGCAUUCACACGUGCCGUACACACGUGUGGCACCAAACCCAAGCCCAGAGAGCUUUCUCUAUAAAUCUUCCAGAACGUUCGUUCCAUCGUUCACUGUCUGAACCGAUCUCGUUAACCUUAACCUGCGAUUUCAACUAUAAACCCAUUGUGAUUUUUCAGAAGAUGGCGACUAAGAGGAGUGUUGGAACAUUGAAGGAGGCUGAUUUGAAGGGGAAGAGGGUGUUUGUCAGGGUUGAUCUGAAUGUUCCUUUGGAUGAUAACCUUAACAUCACUGAUGAUACUAGAGUUCGUGCUGCUGUGCCUACCAUCAAGUACUUGACUGGUUUUGGUGCUAAGGUCAUCCUUUCCAGCCAUCUGGGACGGCCAAAGGGUGUAACACCUAAAUACAGUUUGAAGCCACUUGUGCCUAGGCUUUCUGAGCUUCUUGGAACUGAGGUUAAGAUUGCUAGCGACUCUAUUGGUGAGGAAGUUGAGAAGUUGGUUGCACAAAUUCCAGAAGGCGGUGUCAUUCUUCUAGAGAAUGUGAGGUUCUACAAGGAGGAAGAGAAGAAUGAUCCUGAAUUCGCAAAGAAAUUGGCAUCUCUUGCUGAUCUCUAUGUGAAUGAUGCAUUUGGCACUGCCCACAGAGCUCAUGCUUCUACAGAAGGUGUUGCUAAAUAUUUGAAGCCCGCCGUUGCUGGAUUCCUUAUGCAGAAGGAACUUGACUAUCUAGUUGGAGCCGUGUCAAACCCUAAGAAACCAUUUGCUGCUAUUGUGGGCGGGUCAAAGGUGUCGUCCAAGAUUGGAGUUAUUGAAUCCUUGUUGGAGAAAGUUGAUUAUCUCUUGCUUGGUGGAGGAAUGAUCUAUACCUUCUACAAAGCCCAGGGUCUUGCAGUUGGGUCAUCACUUGUGGAGGAAGACAAGCUUAAUCUUGCAACUUCACUUCUUGAAAAGGCCAAGGCUAAAGGAGUUGCCCUUUUGCUCCCAACUGAUGUUGUCAUAGCGGACAAGUUUUCCGCUGAUGCUAACAGCAAGACUGUGCCAGCUUCAAGCAUCCCUGACGGAUGGAUGGGGUUGGAUAUUGGACCUGAUUCCAUCAAAACAUUUGGUGAAGCAUUGGACAAGACUCAGACCGUCAUUUGGAAUGGACCAAUGGGUGUGUUUGAGUUUGAUAAGUUUGCAGUAGGAACAGAGACCAUAGCCAAGAAACUGGCAGAGCUAAGUGGCAAGGGAGUAACAACCAUCAUUGGAGGAGGUGACUCUGUUGCUGCUGUGGAGAAGGUUGGGCUUGCAGACAAGAUGAGCCACAUCUCCACCGGUGGCGGUGCCAGCUUAGAGCUUCUUGAGGGGAAGCCACUCCCUGGAGUCCUCGCUCUUGAUGAUGCUUAAGCAAAACAUGAGAUGGUGCCUUACCUUUACAUUUUGUGCUUUAUUAUGGUUGGGUUUCAACCAACGUUGGAUUGAGGUACAAUAGAGAUGCUCUUGUAGAGGCUUAAUUUAGGAUAGAUUUUGCAAAAUAAAAAAGGUUUUUGUGGCACAUCCAUGCAUGAUGUUGCUUUGCGCUUGAUCAUAUAUUGUUCCCAAACAAUGUUCAUUUUGCAAAGAAGUUUGCUUAAUUAGCUA